AUGUCGGAAAUUCGUAGGAAGCUCGUCAUCGUCGGAGACGGUGCUUGCGGCAAGACCUGUCUGCUGAUUGUCUUCAGCAAAGGCACAUUCCCAGAAAUUUACGUGCCUACUGUAUUCGAAAACUACGUCGCCGAUGUUGAUGUAGACGGAAAGCACGUUGAACUGGCUCUCUGGGAUACGGCUGGACAGGAAGACUAUGACCGUCUCCGCCCCCUUUCCUACCCUGAUUCUCACGUCAUUCUCAUUUGUUUUGCCAUCGACUCCCCCGAUUCUCUUGACAACGUGCAGGAGAAGUGGCACUCCGAGGUCACCCACUUCUGCGCAGGCCUUCCGGUUUUGCUUGUUGGUUGCAAGAAGGACCUUAGACGCGACCCGAAGACGAUCGAGGAGUUGAGGAAGACAUCGCAACGUCCUGUGACGCCCGAGGAGGGUGUUGCGGUCGCACAGAAGAUUGGUGCAAAACAGUACCUCGAAUGCUCCGCUCGGACAGGCGAAGGAGUUCGCGAAGUCUUCCAAUAUGCAACUCGCUAUGCUCUUCUUGCCAACAAGCGUCCGAAACAGAACAAGUGCAUCGUCGUUUGA